GCACGCAGCGGUGAUGCCCCCAUACAAGCAUUCUUUCCUCCUACUCCCCAACAGUCUCCUAACAUGAUCUCGGCAAGCAAGGCCGACAGUUCGUUACCGAGCUCGACUUUGCCUGUUGGCGACGGCUUCACCGCGGACGAACUGGCUGAUGCGCUCCGACCGAAGCCUGCCGAGCCGUGGCACCCGGCCGUUGACUAUGAUGAGUGCGAUAUCCGUGACCUGAAUCCCGGACCCAAGGCGGUAACAUUCAUGGGUCGUGUUGCCAACAUCGUCGACGUACUCAAUACGCCAAAGACGCCGCGUUCGGCGAAAGGUUGCGUGAAACUGUGCAUCAAAGAUGAUACUGGGGCGAUCACUGUGCGACUGUGGUACGCAGUCAAGCCGUUGAAUCUGCGGCUUGGCUCGCUAGUAUCGGUUUGGACUAAUCACAUCAGUAAUGGCGAGAAUGGAACGCUCUCCAGCACGAGUGCACCGCUCUUUGCCUCCUUGUUCCCGGAACGUGACCGUAGCUGUCAUGCGAUGAUACACGAGAACAGCGACGAUGGCACCCUUUGCAAGCGACCCCUCGGCUAUCGGACAGCACAGCCUCUAAGUGGCCUGAUGACUCUGCAGAACUUCAUCGACGGCGGGUACGAUGUCGUCGACGCGAAGAUUCUCGUGGUGGUGAAGAGUAUAGGUGGCGGCCGGCGCAUCACUCGAAAGGACGAGACUGUCACGGAGAAUGUGAAUCUUACGGUCCAAGACGAUACCGCAGAAGCGAAACUUGGGUUAUGGGGCACUGCAGCAUCAUCGCCGAUCGAGCAUGCAGUUGACAGGCCGACUGCCAAUCCUGAUACAGCCAUCGCCACCCACGCAUGGAGGCCAGGGGAGACCGUACUUCUUAUGCAGGCGCCAGGCUGGAAGUUCGGGCGCUCAACGUAUUUGAGCACCACGUCAGCGUCUAUCAUAGACGUCAACCCACACAUCCCGGACGCCGACUGGCUGCGUCGGUUCGCCCUCCGCCAGAAGAACAGAGAAGCCGUCAACCCGCCAUUCCCCGAAGAUCUUUUCGACCUUUAUUCCAUCAAAUAUGGCCCUCUCCGCUGCUUGUUCACCAUCGCAGACCUGGACGAGUUCGCUCGUGCUGCACCCAACGAAACGUUCCAAGGCUAUCUAAGCGUGCUGAUUACGGAAGUCAAGCUGUACGAGUAUGUCAAACGCCAGAUGCUCUUUUCCGGUGAAUGCUGCAACAGGCCUUUGUAUGCGAGUGCGGUGGCCGCGAAGUGCAAAGGGUGCAAUAGUAUGACAGAUCUGAGGAUCAGCCCAAAGCUCAUCGGUCAGGUUAUGGAUGAAACAGCCGUGAUCGGCCCUGGCAAGCUGCUUUUCAGUGAUGCUGCUUGGGAACAGCUGCUCGGUCGCAAGCCUCUAGAUCUGCUGAGACUCAGCUCUCAAGAGAUUAAAUAUCUGGCAGACCGCUUGUUGUUCUGUCGCGUUACUUUAUUGUUUGGCUGGAGUGGCGAAGAGAGCAAAGCUGGCGGGAGGGUCUGUGUGUUGGGUGUGAUGGGUUGA